AUGAGUGCGACCACUACUUCAGCGCCCUUCUCCAAGGCGGUGGUGAGGGCUAUGCAGAAACUGUACCCCCGUGAACUUGCAGACAACUCCUGGGACAAUACUGGGCUGCUGCUCGAGGCGCCAUUCGAUCCGGCGCGACGCCAGUCAAACACCGUCCUCCUUACUAUCGACCUCACGAAAGCUGUCGCCGACGAAGCAAUCGCCCUCAACUCUUCCAUUGUCAUCGCGUACCAUCCUAUCAUAUUCCGAGGCUUAAAGUCCUUGACUCUCGCAGAUACCCAGCAGCAAUCGCUACUACGCCUUGCUAGCCAUGGCAUCAGUGUGUACAGCCCGCACACUGCGCUUGACUCAGCUCCAGGAGGGCUUGGGGACUGGCUAGCGGAUAUCGUAACAGGCACGAAGACGGUUCGUGACGGUUCAGAUACAGACGGUCAAUCCGAAGCUACAAGCAACACAAACGCAGAUGAUGAUGACCCCUUCGUCGAAAAGAAGAAGCGCCCUACGUUCACCCUGCAACACCAUCCGAGCCAGCCAAUGCUCAGCUUUGGCAAGCUACCUGCCCCCACCACGGUCCCUCUCACAGCUCCUCACAAGCGCGAAGCCAUCAAACCUCAAUCGCCAGUACUAGCCUCACACCCUGGAGCGGGUAUGGGUCGCGUCGUAAGGUUCGACCACCCACAACCGCUUCCUACGCUACUUGAUCGCAUAGGCAAGGGACUCAACAACCCCAAGGGCUUCCCAAUCGCCAUACCACAGGACAAGACGAUCUCUGAUAUUGAGAUACGUAGCGUAGGCAUAUGUGCAGGCUCAGGCUCUGGCCUACUGAACGGUCUCGAUGUGGAUUUGCUAUUCACAGGCGAGAUGGAUCAUCACUCGGCGCUCGCGGCGAUCGAGAAGGGCAGGGUCGUUAUCAGCUUGUUUCACAGCAACUCUGAGCGUGGCUUCUUGGCAGAGGUGUUGAUGGAGCAACUAGAAGAGGCAGUGCAAGAAGAAUGGACAAAGGUCAAAGAAGAAGAGAAGGACAACAAGGAAUUACAGGAUGCAUUGGCGGACGAUGACUUUGAAAUUGGCGUCAGCGAGGUCGAUCGAGAUCCUUAUGGCAUAGUAGUACUGAAGAAUGACGCAGAGGAGGCAUAG